UGCGCUCUUCUCAUUGGAGAAUCAAAAUGGCCGCCAAAGAGGCGGAACAAACAGAAUUAGCCACAGAAACUGAGGAAUUAUGCGAAGAUCUUGCACCUGGUGACUGUGGCAGUGCCAUGCUGAUAGCAUCUGAUUCGGAUGACAAUUUAAGUACCGAAUUCGAUGGGGUAAAGGUCUUUAGAAAUAAACGGGGUCAUAUUCACGAAAUCGUUCGUCAAAGUUCACAGGAACACGGGGACUCUUCAGGUACAGAACACGGAGAUGUCAACGAUGUGGGACCCAAUGGCGACCAAACAACACCUGGUGCGAGUGAAGAUUCAAGCGGCGAACAGAGCGACGGCAAAGAACUUGAUGGUGGAGUUAAAGAUCUCUGUAUAUUGCCAGAACAUGAUGAAGAUGAUGUGAAAACACCAGACUGGAGAGCGAAGCGUAAACAUGUCUUUAUAUUGAGUGAUUCUGGAAAGCCUGUGUACUCAAGGUAUGGAAACGAGGACAAAUUAGUGACCACUUUUGGAGUUAUGCAAGCAUUAGUGUCAUUCGUAGAAGACUCCAAUCAUGACAGUAUCCGUUCCAUAGUUGUAGGCGAUCAUCGCGUCGUCUUCCUCCAUUACGAUAACAUCAUCCUCGUGUGCGCCACGUGCGGAAUGGAAUCAGACAGACAGAUUCGAAUCCAGCUUAAUUACUUAUAUAAUCAGAUUUUAAGUGUAUUGACGCUCAGUACGCUGAAGAAGAUAUUCAAGCAGCGUAGGAAUUAUGAUUUACGGCGACAGUUGAGUGGCUCCGAGAAGUUUCUAGACAGUUUGUUGUGCAUGAUGGAGACGGAGCCUGGGUUGUUGCUGAGUGCAGUCCGGUGUCUACCCAUCGAGAGUCAGACCAGAGACAUGAUUGCUCAGAGUAUCGUGCAGAAUGCAAAGAUUAAGGACCUGGUGUUUGCGCUGAUUAUUGCCAACAGCCAGCUGGUGACGCUGGUGCGUAUGAAGCGCUACUUCCUGCACCCGAUGGACCUGCACCUGAUCAUCAACUUAAUCAACGCCGCAGAGUCUUUCAAAGCUGCGGAGUCCUGGACUCCCAUAUGCUUGCCAAAGUUUGACUCGUCAGGGUUCCUGCAGGCUCACAUUUCAUACCUGGAUGAGGCCUGCCAGACGUGUCUACUGCUGCUGUCUGUUGACAGAGACUGCUUCUUUACACUGUCCGAAUGCAAGACAAAGGUCACAGAACGACUCAUAAAAUACAACGGCCUAAAAGCGAUCAGCGACUCUCUGAGAAAGGACAGUUACAACAUCUCCAAGUGUGGGAUCUCAGACCUGCGUCACUUCCUGUACAAGAACAAGAGCACGGCGCAGUACACGAGUCCCGAGCUUGAGGCCCCCUAUCUGAGUACGGAGGAGCAGGAGAGACUGUUUGGGCUGUACUACUACCUGCACAACCGGAUACACUCCACUAGUCGGCCCCUCAAGAUUCUCUACCAUGUAGGGCAGUAUGAGGCACUGCUAGGCUGGGUAACUCAAGGAUUCGAGCUGUAUGCAGUCUUCAGUCCACUUGUGACGAAAUCAUUGGCGAUCAACGCAGUAAACAAGCUCAUGGCAUGGAUACGGAAGGAAGCUAGUCGAUUAUUUAUACUCGAGUCUGUGACAUUCUGAUAGUUAGUCUGGUUUUAGUAGUGGUGUGAACCAAAUCAACAUUGUGAUAUGUGCAUUUGAUAAAUGUGUUAAUGGAAGGUCUAGUCGCUGAAAGUUUUGUUGGCUGGGGACUCUUAAAGAAUCAGAUGAUAUCUUGGAAGGGGAAUAAGGGCACUCUUGAUAUCAUAUUUCUUUAGUUCUAUAACUCAUUAUCUUUAGGGCAAAAUAUUAGCAAAAUAUAAGCACUUAAUAUGUUCGUAAGGUAAGAUGACAGAUUGGGCACCGUAAAACAUAAGAAUUUUCAACAGUGAAGGAUUAUGACAUAACCUGCUACAAUUAGCAGAUGGUUACCUUUAUGGUAACAUAUUAACUUUGAGGUAAAAAUGUGUUUUUUUUAUAAUAAUAUUGUUUCUGGGUAAUAGAUGGUUUGCAAUGCACAAAAUCUGAAUGGCUACCUUAAAUGUCAAACAAAGUUCAAUAUUGUUUAAAAAGCAUAGAGUAGCCGCUCAAAAUUUAACACUCCGCUGGUGCAUUCAAUGAUUAAGAUAUGUAAGUUAACUCUGUACAUUAAAGGUUACCUGUAUGAGAUGGUGUGUAACACACAAGGACAACAUGGUAACCAUUAAUAGCUUGACUAUGAUUUUUGAUGUGUAUGAUUUUACAUUCAUAUAACUUCCAAAUGCCACAUGACCUGACAGUUAGCUUCACAAUUUGUCAAGGUACGAGUCACAUAGCAUAUUCAUUCAGAUAUACCUUUAAUUACAAAAAGUAUCAAUCAUUGCUGAAAUAAAUUGACAUUUUCUACAGCUGAGUUUAAUAUAAAUGUUUAUUUGAAUAUGUCUUUGAAAGCCAUUUGAUGACAUUUUAUUGAUGAAUAGCUCAUGUAUAAAUUGCCACAUUCACUUGAUUAUUUAGAGAUAUUAUUUCAUAUAGGUCAUAAAUUUGCCGUGUAAAUGUUAGCAAAGUGUAUGUCCUAUAGGAUGACUUUUUCUGAAGCCAUUCUUUAAGUUUCAUAAAUGUUAUUAUUUUAGAUAUAAUUUCUAAAUGGCAUGUGUACACAUGUUAUGCAAUUUUCACCUGAUUUAGCAAAAUACUACCAAAUAUAGUGAUAAUGUACAUGUUUUAAUACCUGAAAAUAAUUAAUUGAUCAUUAUUUAAUUAUAUACAAAUAAAGCAAAUGAGAAUUCAUUAAACCUGUGGAACAUGUGUUUCUAUUACAAAUUGUUAAUGGUUAAAUAUAUUAAGAAAUAUAUUUAAGGGUUAUUACAAUGCUUUUAAAAAUAUUGCAUUAAUAUCAUUUUUUGACCUUAUUUAAUGUUCAUAGGCCAGUUCAGAGGGCAAGAAAUUGGCUAUGUACAAUGCAUUUUGUUGUACAUUUGGUUGUAGUUUUUAUAGGAAAAUAUUUGCCAGUAACAAAGAUGUUAAUGUUAGUGUGUGUUUUGUUAAACUAUAUUUUUGUAUGAAUGUAUGGAAUGUUUUAGUGGCAGUAGUAGUAUAACUCAAAAAUUUGAAAUGCACAUUUAACUAUUUGAACAAAUAGUCUGUUGUUUCAAGUGAAAAUGUAUGCAGUACAAAUAAUGCAAGUAGUAACUCUGACAAUAAUAGGAACUGCCAGGGUGACACACCAGUUAGUUACACUACUAUAAGUGAUAUUUUUUAGAGAAUUGUAUAUUUACAAAGUAUACUCUAAUAAUAUACUAAAUACAAGUUUUGUAACUAUAGUGUUAAAGUGUAUUUUUUUUAAUAAUUAAAAUUAAAAAUAUUUUGUUUGAAAUGUUUAAACAAAAGGAAUUAAUUAUUUGUUGGGCCGUUUAAUUGAACUUGUUCACAUUUCUAUAAAAAAUAAUUGUGAUAGAGCCUAAACAGAAUGUAUUAUUUUAUUCAUACAAGCAAAAUAGCAAUCCUGAUAAAAAGAUGUUAACAAUUAAUGUCUGUUUAUAGGAUAAUCAUUAGUAAUAAUCAGUAUAAUUGUAAGAAGAUUGUAAAACAGCAUGUCCAGACUGUAAUUUUGUCAUUCAUUAUGUUUUAAAAUAACUAACCACAAGUGGCCACCAUCAGUAGACAGUGUGUUAUAGGUAUCAACUGUCUCCAUACUUUAAAGGUAAAGGUCACACUAGGAGGGCAGAGGUCAAUUUUGCCAUUACAAAUUUGGUGCAUCCUUGUCCUAUGGACACAUGUCGUGUUUUGUAACAUGACAUUAAAUGGUCUUUAGAAGAAUACGAAAUUCUCUGAGACAGUCACUUAAAAUGUAUAUGAAGUCAAUUUAUUCAAGCCCUGGUCAAUUCAAAUUCAUGUAAUAAUUAUGUACUGGGGGAGAUUGGAUGAUUUAAUUAUUGUGUUUGGUGUUUAAUAUAAAUAUUUCUUAUUCCCCAUUAGAAGAAGUAGGGAUGUCAUACUAUAAUAAAGUGGUUAGUUGGUCAAUCUGUUGUUAACCAGGUUUUCCGAAGGAAAAAACUGGUUAUUAGAUUGGCGAAUGCGGGCGGGCUGGCUGGCGGGCUGGCGGGCGGGCGGAACAAUCUUGUCCGGGCCAUAACUAUGUUGUUCAUUGUCAGAUUUUAAAAUCAUUUGGCACAUUUGUUCACCAUCAUUGGACGGUGUGUCGCGCAAAAUAAUUACGUCGAUAUCUCCAACGUCAAGGUCACACUUUGAGUUCAAAGGUCAAAAAAAAAAAAAAAAAAAAAAAAAAAAAAUUCUCCCUUUAUCAGAUUUUUUUUUCACAAUGAAAACCUGGUUUUGUGACAAUUUUGUCCCUUGUUCAUUUUGUUUCCAAACAAUAUGCAGAGGUAACCCUGAUCUUUAAUGAUGUAUGUUGGUAUGCUGGUUAUUACGGAGAAAAGGAUGACACCAAUGAUUUUGAGGUCAACAAGUUAAAGUGUCAGGGUCACACUAAGAUGUAAAAGGUAAAUGUGGGCAUGAAGCAGCUGCCUCAGUCAUAUCAUUGUCAUUUAUUGAUAGAUUAUAAAAUUACUCGGCUAAAAUUAAAUCCAUCAUAAGAUGACAUGUAAUGUGUAACAUGUGUCUCCUUACCCCAAAGGUCAAGGUCACUUAGGUCAAAUUUUGCCAUAAAACCGCUUGUCCAUACUGUAACUAUGUCAUUCAUCAUGCCUUUUACCACUACCACUUUUUACCACUACCACUUUUUACCACUACCACUUUUAACCGCUAAUUUACCACUUAUGACUAUAAUGAGGAGACAGCAUUUUGUGUGUAACACUUGUCUACCAACCUCAGAGGUCAACGUCACACCUAGAGAUCAAGAGUAAAAUUUGGCUAUAAAAUGGCUUGUUAGGGCUUAACUUUGUCAUUCAUAGUUUAGUUUUUAGAACAGUAUCACAAAUGACUACCAUGGGAAGACAGAGUUUGGGGUGUAUCACCCCUCUUAUUACAUCAAAGGUCAGGGCUUCAAGAUGUCAACAUUGGUCAUAAAACAGCUUGUUUUUUACAUAGGUGGAGUUUUGAUAAAAGUGUAAUGUAUUUGCAUCCUUACCAUAUGGACACAUCUCUAAUUUACUAAAAAUUAUAGCUGAUUUGAAGUCCGCUUAUUAGUAAAUUGAUUCUUAUUAUUCAGGUACAUGCAAUAAUGUACAAAGCCUGUCUUGUUUUAAUUUGAUUAUAUUAAUUCAUGAACCGGAGUUUUAAUUAUCGCCAGUGGCCAUGAUUUUUCAUCCAUCGUCAAUAUUUACUCAGUGAGCCAUAUUUAUUGCCCCAAGCUUAGGGACUUGAGGUCUCCAGUGAGCAUCUAAAGCACUCUUGUUUUUGAACAUUAUAGGUGUUUAAAUAGAAAAUUAUUAUGUUAGAGAAUAUGAGUCAUAAGGACGCUUCUAUAGAGUAAACAUGUUUAUAUGAGAUUGAAAAGUAUUCUCAUAAACAUAUGAACAAAUUGUAAUAACAGAAUAUGCAUAAACUAUCAAUCUUGCAUGUAUGUAUGUGCUAUUUAUUUAUUUUAUUUUAUUGUUGAAAUGAUGUUACGAGCAAAUAAAAAUUGUAAACAUUGUGA